UUCUCAGCAACGUUCUGUCAGUUCAACGCAUCCUGUUAUACCAGUCACUCCUUCAACUCCGACCAUAGCAGCAUAGCACAGCAAUAGAAUUGCAACAGCAACUCUACCUCCCUUCAAGACAGCCAGACGAUUGAACAGCUCGAACGCACAGCGAGAACGACAAACGAAUCUUCAACAUGCCUCAACACAAGCGCGGUCCGUGGUCGCAGCAGGAAGACCAACUCCUCCUCCACCUCGUCUCAGUCCACGGUGCACACAACUGGGUCCGCAUCUCCUCGACCAUCCAGACUCGUUCGCCCAAGCAAUGUCGAGAACGAUUCCACCAGAACCUCAAACCCAACCUGAACCAUGAUCCGAUCACUCCCGAGGAGGGCAUUCUCAUCGAGCAAAUGGUGGCCGACAUGGGCAAGCGAUGGGCAGAGAUUGCACGCCGUCUGCGAGGACGCAGUGACAAUGCGGUGAAGAACUGGUGGAAUGGAGGCAUGAACCGACGACGACGCAACAACCAGCAACGCCGCGCCGAGUUCGAGGUCCGUCAUCAACAACACCAGCCUCAGCAGGUCCAACAGCACCACUACCAACCUCAACAACACCACGCCAUGCAACAACAACAACAACAACAACCUCUUCCUCAGCAAUUCCACCCUCACCAACAAUCCAUGAUGGCGCCUCAGCAGUUCUACGGCCAACAGAUGUAUCAGCCAACAAGCCACAGCCAACCUCAACAGCUCAGCAUCCCGCACAACCUG